AUGAGUUCGCCUGCUGCUAAAAUCUUCCUCCUUUUCCUGGUUUGGUAUGCUUCCAUUUCUCUUACCUCUUCUUCCAGUGUGCCUGAUGAGUAUUCCUUUUCGAACCUGGAUCUAGACAAACUCGUUUCUGACCAAAAAAGUGUUCCAUCUAUUCCAAAUCUGGAAGAAGGAGACUGGACGAGAAUACCAAACCUUGGGAGAGGAGAUAUGACGUACGAAGAGUUCAGCAAAAUGUACUUGCAUGAGACAGAGGAACCCAUAAUGGAAAUCAACAAUAGCAAAAUGAUAUUGAACGACGCAUCAUGUCCAGAUGCACCCUCUUCCUGGGAUUGGAGGACCAAAGGAGCUGUAACGUAUGUUAAAAACCAAGGCAAAUGUGGUGGUUGUUGGGCAUUCUCUGCGACCGGAGCUAUGGAAGGUAUAAAUCAGAUAGUCUCUCAACAGCUUCUGGAACUUUCUGAACAACAACUCAUAUCUUGCUCUACAAGUAAAGGCUGCGAAGGAGGGUGGUACGUUAAUGGAUUUAAAUAUGUCAUCAAAAAUGGUGGAAUUGCCUCAGAAAAGGCUUAUCCAUAUACAGCUGACGAUAGUGCUUGCAAUUCUGCAGCGGCUGGAAACACAAUUGCUACUAUCGAUGGCUAUAAUUAUUGGUCUCAGAAACCUAUAUCUGAAAGUUCUCUCCGUUGUUAUGUUUACAAGCAACCUGUUAGUGUUUCCAUAUAUGCAAGCCCACAUUUUAAGUCCUACAAAAGUGGAAUCUUUGCUGGCGACGAUUGCUCGGGCAUCGGUUCAUGCAAGCAUAAUCAUGCUGUAUUAAUUGUAGGAUAUGGUUCAUCAGGCGAUGGUCAAGAUUAUUGGAUUGUUAAAAACUCAUGGGGAUCCACCUGGGGACAAAGUGGUUACAUAUUCAUCAAAAGAAACAUCGGUGCUACUCAGGGAGUAUGUAACAUAAACUGUUCUGGCGCAUACCCAACCAAAGGGAAGAAAGAAGUGCCUGCUUUGAAGAUUGCUACUUCCAUAUGA